AAAAAAAAAUAUAAUUGAACAUAUUCAAUGAAACAUCCGGUCCGAUAUCGGAUUGUCAUUCUUUAAAAUGAAUGCUGUCAUAUCGAUAUGGUUAAAAAAGACCGUACUUUAAGCCAAACUUGAUAAAGUUUAGGAAAUUUCCUAUUGAUUAUCUUGAAUAACCAAAAUUUUUAAUUUCGUAUGAUUCUGAAUUACGUCUAUCAAUGGAUAAAAAAAAAUACUUUCAGAAACUUAAUUCCCCUGAAAUGAUUGCUCAUCUUUCUUCUUCGGCUUUAGCUUGUAUUCACAAUCCAUUUUUUCCUCAUUCAAUCUAACAACGUGAUUAUUUCAAAUUUCUUAUAUAAAUAAGAAAGAAAAGUGCUUAUUAAAAAAUAUUAAAAUUAAUUUUUAAACACAUUAAACUUACUAUGCGACGUCCUAUUUCUUUCACUUAUAUUAUCAUUGCAACCAUCUGUAGCUUAAUGAAUAUCAUAGCUUUGAUGCCAGCCACUAAAGCAUAUGAGGUUCUACUUAGGAAUUGGGGUGGUCAAAGUAAUGCGGAAUGUUGUGUUUGGCAGGAAGAUGCUCAACACAAUUUCAUAACUUAUAUACCUCAAAGUGUACCCAAUGAGAAACAUCAUUAUUAUUAUUGUUCCAAUUGUGCGACCUUCGAUGGUAUGGAUAAAGAGGGUGCAGAUUUAAGAAAUGGGAUUCUUACUUAUCGCACGUUAGAUGAUACUACAACAUACUGGGCUGAUAUGGUAGUUAGUUUUAAACCUGGUAAUAAUCAUAUUCGUACAAAUCGAGGUGGUGAUAGUGGUUAUAAUAACCAUACCUGUUUCCACGUAUUUGGUGACCAUAAUGAAGCAAGACUUGAUGAAGCUCCUUACGAAGAAUGUCAAAAAAUCAGAGAUUCAAAUUAAGACCGCAUAUCUUUACAAAAACAAUGCAUCAAUCAUUGGUCUUGUAUAAUGUACUUUGCAGAUACUUUAUUAGAUUCUUGUCUUGAGCAAAUUUCAGCCGGGGUUCCCCGGUCAAAAAACACAUUUUUUUAUUUUGAAUGCUUAUAUACAUUGUAUUAGUUAUAUAUAGAUCAUG